CUUAUCUUUACACCAUCUACAAAACCACAAUUUUCCUUCCCCAUACUCAUCCACGCUUACAAUUACAUCCACGAAGGUUGGGACCGCUUCGUGAACUAUUUCAGAGGCAAACCAAGAAAUGAUGAUACGGAGAAGGAAGAAUAUCCGACUACGAGCACGACGCCGCCGACAACGACGACUACAAUUGCAGAUAUUGAAGGCACGAAUGGUUCAGACACAACAAGUGAAGACGCAUAUUCCGGUAAGCUUACAUAG